ACGGUUCAUAAUUUUUCAAUUAAAAAUUAGAAAAUUUUAAGGAAGAAAAAAAAAUGAUUUGCAGGAAAAGAAAAUGAGAGAAAAAGAGAAAAGCAUAAAAGGAAAAAUCUGUGUUCCUUCCUGAGUAGGCGCCAACGUCCUAAUAAAACCAGAACAAUUCAUAGGACGGCCCUUUGCGUGAAGGGUUCUCGCGCCAAGAAUUUUCUCAUCAUCAUCAUCACAAUCCUUUACACAGAAAAAAAAAAUAAUAAUUAAAAAUCCAUUCACCAACUUCAUCAUCAUCACUAAAUUGUUACAACCUUAAAAAAACAAAAUCAUUGUGUUACAUUUUCCAACAUUAUCUCAUAAUCAACAACAUUGUCACAUUGUCUUUUGUUUCAUUGAUCCAUCAUUGUCUGUGGAAACCGGAUAUCCUGUGCACGCAACAGCAGGUGUGUUUUAUGUUCCUUGGAUUGCAUUGGAUUGGAUCUUUGUCACAUGCCAAAAAUAUAUAUACACAAAAAAAAAGGACCCCUUUUGUGAAUCUUUGCAUUCACAUUUGAAAUUUCAGAAUUUUGAUUCUUGUUCCUAAAUCCUUGGUGGGGAUUAUUGAAUUUGUGCCUUCAAGAAAGUGAUCAUAGCUAUAAUGAAAAAUGGUACCUUUUUUGUUGAUGAGGGCAAUGUAGACAUUUUAAGGGCUUUGGAAGCAUAUGAAGGACAAUGUUAAUCAUUCAACAAUAAAUGGAUGUUAUAAAGUCUACAUUUUGCCUUGUUUUGGUUCUUAAUAUUGUAGCAGUUAUCAGCAUUGAAGAAAAGAAGGAAACAAAUGAAGAAUUCAUUAGCAGAUUAUUUGAUCCUGAAUCUGGAUUAUUGGAUGAGGAUACGGCAGAGAUACUAUGGAUAAUUUGUAUGGAAGAUUUGAUUCAUGUAAGGAAAGAUAUUGGAGAUUUUGGCUUAUGCCUACCAAAGGAAUCACUUAGUAGUAACAAUGAAAUUAGCACCGAAAUUGGUUCAAUAUCAAGAGAAAACAUACAAAAAAUUAUCAGUACUUGCAAUCCACAGUUGAAGGAAAACUUUCUUAACUGUUUGAGAAAAAACAUUGUUCUAUUCCAAGAUGAUGACUCCAAGAAUUGGAAAGAUGGUUAUGAGGGAUCAGGUUUAUCCAGAAGAUAUCUACGUCGAGUUUCGCCUCGACUGUUGGGAGAAAAGAAAGAUAAUGAUAAUGGUGACAGUGAUUCUGAUUCUGAUUCAGAUAGUGAUUCUGGUAAAAAGUCGAAGAAGACGUCUGAUUCUGAACACGAGCAAGCAAUUAUUCAUGCCAUGAUUGUAACUGCAGUGGUGACAUUUAUAUUUGCAGCAUGUGUCUUUUUAUGUAUUUGUAUGUAUUGUGGAGGUGGUAUAGAUAGACAGACCGAUGAAAGGCCGCUUCUCAGCAUGAGCAUGAAUGAUUAUUCUGUUGGUUCUUCUUCAAAUAAUAACCACGCAAACAUUUCACUAACCGAGGAGCAACUUGGAGUUCAAUCAAUUAGUAAUGCUUUUCUUGAUGACAAAUUGAACUCAAUGAAAGAAGAUGCCGCAAGACCAUCAUUUGACCUUAAACCUCCACCUGGUUCUGCAAGACCAUCACUUGACCUUAGUGCUGCAAGACCAUCACUUGACCUUAAACCUCCACCUGGUAGACCAUCACUUGACCUUAGUGCUGCAAGACCAUCACUUGACCUUAAACCUCCACCUGGUAGACCAUCACUUGACCUUAAACCUCCACCUGGUAGGGUAGGAUCUAAUAUUCCACCUUUGAAGCCUCCUCCUGGAAAACCUGAUCCUCUUCCACCGGAAAUAGCACCGGAUCAGACUUCCGAUAAUGCCAAUAAUCGCCCGCCUCCUCCUCCUCCUCCUGGACUAUCAAUGCCUAGCAGUAGUGGCCCUCCUCCACCUCCUCCUCCAGGACCACCGAAGCCUGGUGGUGGUGGCCCUCCUCCACCUCCACCGCCGAACGCUGGAAAUGGUGGUCCUAGGCCUCCACCACCGCCACCAUCUCGUGGGAAACCGGGAGGUCCUGGUCCACCACCGCCUCCUAUGGGUGGUGUAGGAGGUCCUCCAAGACCUCCACCAUUUGGCAAAAAGAGUGCUAAACCUUUACCUGGAAAAGGUGGGAAGGCUGAAGAUGAAGGUUAUGGUGGUGCUCCUAAAGCUAAGUUAAAGCCUUUUUUUUGGGAUAAGGUUCAAGCAAACGCAGAUCAAACCAUGGUUUGGAAUCAACUCAAAGCAGGAUCAUUCCAGUUUAAUGAAGAAAUGAUGGAAACACUUUUUGGAUAUACUAAUCCAACGAUGGAAAAAGGCAAAGGUGGACUAAAGAAAGAGUCUGCCCGUGCUUCUUCCCCUCAGUUUGUCCAAGUAAUUGACUCAAAGAAAGCACAAAAUUUAUCAAUUCUGUUGAAAGCGUUAAAUGUGACAUUAGAAGAAGUUCGUGAUGCGCUACUUGAAGGAAAUGAGCUCCCAACAGAAUUCCUUCAAACACUGCUGAAGAUGGCUCCAACCCAAGAGGAAGAGCUUAAACUUAGACUUUUCAGUGGUAGUCUUUCCCAACUUGGCCCUGCUGACCGGUUCCUGAAAUCCCUGGUUGAGAUUCCUUUUGCCUAUAAACGAAUGGAAGCAUUGCUUUACAUGAGUUCUCUUCGAGAGGAUCUCAAAGCUACCCGAGAUUCUUUUGCUAUUUUAGAGGUUGCUUGUAAGGAACUAAGAAGCAGUAGACUGUUCCUCAAGCUUCUAGAAGCAGUUCUAAAAACAGGAAACCGAAUGAAUGACGGAACAUUCCGUGGAGGCGCACUUGCAUUCAAACUUGAUACACUACUAAAAUUGUCUGAUGUAAAAGGAGUAGAUGGAAAAAUCACACUCUUACACUUUGUUGUUCAAGAAAUAAUCCGAACCGAAGGAAUAAGAGCAGCUCGAAAUAUGAGAGAGAGUGCUAGUUUCUCAAGUAUAAAAACUGAUGACCUUCUCGAAGACAUUAAUCAAGAAUCAGAAGAACACUACCGCGAAAUGGGUCUUCAAGUUGUUUCGCGUUUAAGCACUGAUCUUGAGAACGUGAAGAAAGCAGCAGCAUUAGAUGCUGAUGCUUUAACAGGAACAACAGCUAAAUUAGGCCAUGGUCUACUAAAAACAAGAGAUUUCGUAAAGAAAGAGAUGGCGGAAAAUAUAGAGAAUGACAAAGGGUUUUAUGAAACAGUUAAGAGUUUUGUGGAGAAAGCCGAGGGUGAUGUCACGGGUUUGUUAGAAGAAGAGAAGAAAAUCAUGGCUCUUGUGAAGAGUACUGGUGAUUACUUUCAUGGGAGUACAGGGAGAGAUGAAGGGUUGAGAUUGUUUGGAAUAGUACGCGAUUUCUUAAUAAUGUUGGAUAGAGUUUGCAAAGAGAUUCAAAAGGCACCGGCAACAAAGCCAGCACCAAAGAAUGCGAAACAAGAAGCGGAAACAAAGAAUGUGAAACAAGAAACAAAGAAUGUGAAACAAGAAAGUGAAAAAAAGAAUGUGAAACAAGAAAGUGAAACAAAGAAUGUGAAACAAGAUACUGCUGGAUCUAGAGGACCACCACCACCACCAACCACGAAAACUCGUCCUCCACCGCCUGAUAUUCGGCAAAAAUUGUUUCCGGCAGUGGUAGAUAGGAGAGUGGAUGAUUUUAGUUCAGAUGAAGACAGUCCAUAGGUUCAAUUCAAAGUUGGAAAUUGUUGUAUUGUAUACUAUUUUUCCUUUUUUUGGUCAUGUCAGUACUUAAUAUUAGCAUUGUUAGAGAGACAUGACUAAUUGAUGGCUUGUGUAAUUUUUUGAAAGGGGUGAUUGUGUUGUUGAUUAUUGAUAACUUGAAUGUA